UCUUACCCAUGGCCAACUCUUGUCCCUAACUGGUGCUUAAUUUUGAACAAAUGCCUCAUCCCUAAUGCAACAUAAAACCGGCGAUAAGGUUAAUUUCUGACGUCGCAUUUUCCACCCUUUAUUUUGAAAACGACCAUUGUUCCAUUGUCAAUUAAUUUUCCACGCGUACUUGUACUCGCCAUCCUUCACAUGGGCUCGACUGGAUUCCAAAAUUGGCCAUAAAAGAGCACACCACAAUUCAUUCUUAAGCACAGAAGGGCACCCUCACGUCAACCUUCUUAACGCUUGGCAACUUCCAGAUUUAGUAAACAGGACACCGCUCUUGGAACAGAUUUGAAUCAAUCAUGGGGCAAUUAUCCCUCCUCCUCCCAAUUUUGGGAACUGUAACUAUUCUCAUGUCCAAUUUGGAAUUCACCACCGGAGAAAAAGAGGUCCUCGUCCGGGACCGCUUGGUUUUCCUGCUUUGCGACCAACUCACCUCGUACAUGGAGACUGGAAUGUUCCCCGAUCCGAUAAAAGUCAUGCCGGAAAAGUAUAAGAAGAUAAAACCUGGUCAAGGUGGGAGAGCUUUCGGGGUGAAGAUGAACAGGACGAAGGGCAGGGGGAUGAUGAAGAGUGGCAAGAAAGUCAGAAAAGGUGGCAAGUCGGUCAGGAAGCAGAAGUACAAACGAGACGUAUCUUCUGCCCUUCUCAACGUGGAAGAUCAUAAAAAUUUCGGUCUCACGGUCUUCGACUUGUUUGGCGACGAGUAAAUCAAGAA